UUUCCAACUGCCGCGCCGCCCCGCUAGAUUUCCGCGAGCGCGCAUGACCCUUCUUGGUUCGACCUAAGCCGCUUCCUAUCACCACAGGAAAAACAUGUUAUGGCCCCAGGACGAGGGCACCACGAGUGGUGUCAUGACAGCGGUCCGAGUGCGACCGAUGUCGGACGAUGAGCGGAAAGCUGGAUGCCGCAACAUCAUCACGAUGGUGGACAAUCAAACGACAGUCGUCGAUCCCGCCGGGUUGAGUCCCACAUCAGCAUCCUCCUCCUCCGCGUCUUCGUUUCGUCGACGGCAAUCGGGUCAGCUGAAUCCGGCGAACAGCAGUCCGUCGAAACUUGCGUCCAUGGUACAUGACAGCCCGACGAAGCGGCCGUCCUUGUCUGCCGAAGCCAAGUCGUCCAAGGUCUGGUCGCAAUCGUUUACGUAUGAUCACAGUUUCUGGAGCUGCGACCCCGACCACGUCCAUCACGCCGACCAGCAGCUCGUGUACGACCGCAUCGGCACGCACGUGUUGUCGACGGCAUGGAACGAACGCCUUCACGUGUCGUUGUUCGCGUACGGACAAACAGGUGCCGGCAAGUCGUUCAGUAUGAUGGGCAAGUCGAAAAGCAACCAUCACGAGGCCCGCGGGUUAGUGCCCCGGAUAUGCCACGCGCUCUUUGACGCGAUGCAAUCAUCCCCUCCUACGGUAUCCGCCACCUCGACCACGUCGCAUGUGCAAACGUCAUCGCAGAUCAAGGAUGAUGGCACUCUAGACAAACAAACCACGGCGUCACAUCCGUCGCCAACGUGCACAGUCAAGAUGACAUUUGUCGAGAUUUACAACGAACGCGUGUACGACUUGCUGGACCCGCACACCAAAGAAUCGCUCAAGGUGCGCGAACAUCCGGCAAAUGGUACCUACGUCGAACACGUGUCGAAUCUGGUGGUCACGAGCGCGCACGACAUUGAAUACCUCGUCGCAGAAGGCAAUAAGACCCGCACAGUUGCCGCCACGAGUAUGAACCAGCUCUCGUCCCGGUCCCACGCCAUCCUCACGCUUACUUUGCAUUGGCUGGACAAGCGACUGGCACCCACCAAGGUGUGCAUGGUGGACUUGGCCGGGAGUGAGCGGGCGGACGUCGUCGCAUGUGGCGACCGGCUGCGCGAAGCCGCGGCCAUCAACAAGUCCUUGAGUGCGUUGGGAGAUGUGAUCAAUGCAUUGGCAGCCACGACCAACCACGCGGCGGCGGGGAAAAGUAUCUCAUCGGGAUUUGUGCAAUACCGCAACUCGGUGCUCACUCGACUUCUCAAAGACAGUUUGUCUGGAUCUGGUCGAUUGGUCAUGCUCGCCGCGAUCAGUCCGUGCUGCAUUCAUUACGACGAAACGUUGAGCACACUCAAGUACGUCGAGCGCGCCAAGCUAGCAUUCGUGGCCCAACCGUCGGCCCAAUUGCAGGCUGUGGAGGCAUCAGGUGCGGUGGACGAAGGUAACGCCGUGAUGCAACUUCUUCGCUUGGAGUUGUCCAUGCUUCGAAGUCAACUGCGCGUCGCUCAGCAACUUGGUGAUCUCCGCCCACCAUCCCAAGUCGAAGAAGAGGUCGAGAUAGAAUCGUCAGCUCAAAACGUUCUCGACUGCACCACACUGUCGGUGCCGCAUCUGGUCAACUUGAACCAAGACCCUCGGUACACUGAACGAGUCGUGUACUGUAUCGAAGAAGGCAUCACGACGGUGGGAGGUGGGGACGCCGCCAGUGAUCUCGUGCCGGAUAUCGUGCUUGCUGGCCACGAUAUGCAGCCUCUGCAUGCCAUCCUCCACUGCACCAACAACAUUGUCCGCGUCCGUCCCGCGGCGGUGGCGGCAGUCCGGGUAAAUGGCCGGCCGAUUCUAGAUACCACCGAGCUACGUCAUGGCGCCAGGCUUAUGCUGGGCGAUCACCAUGUGUUUCGAUAUGAUGCCGCCCAUACAAGCGAGCGCGCGCCGGAUAUGGACUGGCACGGGGCGCACCAAGAGUUGCUCGACCAUUUGCUUACACAGGGGAGCCACGACGACAGCAACAACGUUUCGAUUUCACAUGGGCAAACGGAACCAAACGAUAGUGCUGCCAGCUUGGACGUUCGAGGUGUCCAACCAACCUACCACGAAGCAGCCACUCAAUCGGACGACGGUGUCACAGAACGACUUCCGGUCCCGCCAUGUAUAGUAGUUACCGAAAGCACCCAAACCAGCGACUACAGCUACUGUACGAGCACAAGCACAGGAACACAGUACCGGUACGACGCGGGCAUUCAGUUUGAUGAACACGACAAAUUCGCAUUGGAGCGAAAACUCGCCAAACUCAAACUGUUGGUCAAAAAGAAAGACAAGCAACUGCAAAAAGCUGCCAGAGUGAAGGUCCAUUCACUCUCUCUACCCUGUCCUCCGUUCGAAGAUGCAGCCACGACCCACCGGUUGCUUCAACUCCAACAUGUCGUUCUGUCCAUGUUGGGAACACCUCCAGCGGCUACCGACCAACCACAGCCUCCACCUACUGCUACUCUAGACGACACUAUGACUGCUUUGGAAACCCAAAUACACACACUGCAUGAAAUCUGGACCGAUCGACCAGCGGCGUCCAAGCCGCUGGCGUGGCUCCUUCAACAGCUCAGCUCGGAAUGCAACCAUCAGAUUGCUCUCUGGUCCCAAGCGCAGACGUUGCAGCUGUCUUCCGCCGCCAAAACCAUUGCAAAUCUGGAAAGUCGGUUUGCAUCGCUGUGUUUAGCCCUCAACGAACAAUGCGCCCAGGAAAAGGUGCACUUUAUCGCAGCAUUUGACGAUCAGCACACCCGCCACGACAAACUGGUCGCUGCCCAAGCCACGACGUUGGCGUUCUCGGCGAACGCACACGCCGACUCGAUGGCGUUGCUCCAGAACACCAUGACGGCCAAGAUGGAAGCGGCCAUGGACUUGCAUCACGCCGACCAACAGCACUGGAUGGACGAAAUCCAAGCGGCGAGUCACCAGCACGUCGAGACUUUGAAGGCGAUGAGCGUCCAAGCCGCGCUGGACGAAGACAAACUCCGAGUGAAAAUGGCCGAGUGGGAGGCUAAGUGCGCAUCCCUUGUCGCAGAAGCCGACAUGGUGCUAUGUGAGACGAGGGCCAUGCACGCGAGGGAGUUGCGCGGUCAGCAGGACGCUGUCGCAUUGCAAUUGUACGACCUCGAGAUGCUCCAGAUGGCCCAGGAAGAACGAUUUCUAGCCGAUACGGAGACAUUUGUCCGUGCCACAGACAUGACGUGGCGCGACCGACAGCUCGAACAAGCCGCGUGGACCAAUCAAAAGCAAGCAGAUUUGGUGGCGCUGCAUAUUGAACAUGAAGACAAUGUGCGACAAGUUCAACGCGAACAUGAGCUCAAACGCGACCGACUGGGAGAAGCCGUUGAAACGAUUCAAAUGUCACACGAAGAGCGACGGCAUCGCUGGGUUGCCACAUGUGACAGCGUCCAGAACGACAUCGCAGAGGCAAAGGAACGCCAUCAAGUUGCCGUUGAGGCCAUAACGUUGAAACACCAAGCGUCCGAAGCCGAGCACGUUCAAGCGAUGGCAGAUCGUGACGUGGCAUGGCGUGAGUUGCUCGCAAAGUUCGACACGAACGCGACCCACGAGUCGGUGCAACACGCCCGGUUCAUGAAACAACUGGUCCAGCGCCACCACGUCGAAGUCCAGCGAGUGCAAGAUGCUACAAUCGAGUUGGAGGCGGCUUUAGCUAGCCAGGACGCCGCCUUGAUGGACCGAGUACGCCGUUGGGAGGACAGUUUCGAGCGAUUGGAGGUAGAAACCCAAGGGCGGCGGCAGCAGGUGAUGGAUAGCCACGGGAACGUUCUGCGGGAUCUCGACGUUGCGUUCGAGGUCCAAGAAAGCACUAGACGAGAUGAACGAUGUAGAGUGGACAUGCAACUUUGCCGUCAAGAAGCGGAGCUACGCGAGCGCGCGAGUCAGCAGACAAUGACUUUUGCCAUGGAAAUGGAAGAUGUACGAGCCAAGCAGUGGAUGCAACUGUCGGCGUUAGUCGUGGUACAAGACACCAGGGUGACCAGUACGUCAGAUCUAGUGGACUCGCUUCGAGCAGAGUACGACGCCAAGCAACGGAUAUUAGACGAGCAAGUCGAGGUACUGCAGGUCCAGUGUAGUGAUGUGGAGCGACGGGAGAUCGAACGGCAUAAGCAAGCCAAUCAAACCCAUCGCGACCAAAUGGACGGUCUCAGAGAGACAUGGCACGAAGGCUUGGAACAACUGAUGUUGUCGAUGGAAGACGAACGCUGUCGCAGGAUGCUCCAACUUGAACGGAUGCAUGUACACCACGAGCAAGCAUUGGACACGUGGAACCAAGCGCAAGAACUGGCUCGGCAACGGAUUCUUGCGCAGCAACGCCAGCACCAACGCGACGUCGACGCCCACCUCGAUGCGAUGCAAGCUGCCAUGGACGAAGUGCACUUUGCACAUACCACGACCAUGGCCGACAUUGCAUCCCAUCAUAGUUGCAUCCUUCAAGACCUUCGGUUACUCCAUGCCCAGGCUGAAGAAGGGUGGAUGCAAGAGCUCGAAGACUCCCAGCGACGCCAAGCGUGGGGGUAUGCCCAAGUAGCUGCGCAGUGCGCUGACGAACUGUGGCGGGGAGAGCAAUGCAUUGCAGUAUUACAUGAGGCACAUGCUGGAGCGAUGGCCACUGCUCAAAGGGAGCUCCAAAUAGCCGACGAAACCCAUGAGAUGUGGUGUAUGGGGGUAGAAGAUGACAGCGUUCGCCAACUCCGUCAGAAUGAGUUGAGUUUGGAAGCCCAAUGGAAUGAUAUGCAAAUGGACUUGAACGAACGAGAAGCUCAACUCCACCGGCAAGUGCAGCAGCUCAAGGCAGAGGCGGACCACGACGAGAGGAGCCAUGAGGUGACGCUGCAACGCGCGCAAGAACACUGGACCGAAGCGCUGAGUGCCCUGAGCAUGGAAAAGGAAGACGUGUUGUCUUCUCAUCUAAGUCAGCUGACAUUGGUAAACGACCGCCAUCUCAGAGCUGUCGAACGUAUCCGCGUCCAACUCGCUCAACACGAAGGUCGCGCCGUGUCGCAGCAAGAGCGUGCCACGUCAUCAGUCGAGUCUACGCGUGCGCUGACUUUGUCCCUGUCACAGAACCAGCAAGCGUUUUACGACGAAGCUGCAGCUUCCAUCGAGAUCAAGUGGAUUGAAACCCAAGCCAAACACACGGCGCAACUCGCGAUGGAGCGCGAAAGCCACGCCCGGAUGUUUCACCUGCUCGCAGAGGCGCAUGCUGCCCAGCGCCGCGAGUUGGCAUCAGACAAAUCGGCGCUAGAACAAACGCUUGGAGCGCAACUGGCGGCAUAUGAACGUGAUUUGGCCGUCGAAAUGCAAGCUGCGUUGCGGAAGUUGUCGAUUCAGGAUGAGAAAUGGCAGGAUGAGGUCAUGGUUGACCUGGACGGCGGGUACCGGCAGAUGUGCGCGGCUCUGGCGGCAGAUGCGGCGAGCCAAGAAGCGGCGUUCAAGAAACAGCUCCAGGAUGUGCAAGAUCAGUGGCGGACGGAGCUGGCCAAUAUCCACCUGGAACUGCAAGACAUCUCAAGCCACCAUAUGUUAUCUCUGGAGAAAUGCCAAGCUCUAUUUGAACGAGAUUUGCAAUGUAUCGCCCAAAAAGAGCUCGAAAUCGACAUGAGGACGCAUAUGGAGCGACGGGAAGCAGCCGAGCGGGCCGCCAUGGCGCAGGCGGAGAAGGAUGGUAUGGAAGGUCGCCUGCGAGCUAUUCGCUACGACUUAACCCAGCGCCAGCGACAACGUCAUGAUGAAUUUGACCUGGUGUCGCGGGAUUUCCUACAGAAGACUCUGGACGCCCAUAAGGACAAGGAACGCGUCCGCCGCCGCUGCCUCGCGGAACUACAAGCGCUCGAACGUCUGCACACGCGAGACCUCCGAGCUCAAGUGCCCCUUGGGCCUGUCAAGAAUAGCAUUCCCAAGUCGGAUCUUGAAGGACAACAAAAACUGGUGCGGUCGCGGAUCAAGGAGGAGUUGGUGAGAAGUACUGGACAUUUGAUUGAAGUGGAAUAUGCCUCCAAUAUGGACAUGUUGGAAAGCGUGCAUCGUGCUCAAGCAAACAAGCUCGAGAUGGCCAUGGAAGACGAGCAAAGUCGCAUGUGGGAACGACGGCGGCGGGCGCUGGCGUUCCUAGACGAACCGCCCCCGAAAAUGCCCGACGUAAUGUUAUUAUCCCGUCCAUCCUCUCCUUCGACCCACGACAUGUCGGACAAGUGCAUGGCGCCGUCGUAUUUGCUGCCCAUUGAGCUGGAUGUGACACGGUUUCCACACUUGGCCAUGCGACCUCGUCACAUGCAUCCAAAAGAUCAAGCGAUUGCCGCUCAGUUGAAACAAAAUGGCGAGUUGGUGCAUCGCCUUGAAGCGGAGCGGCGGCAAUUCACGGCCAAGACGGACGAGACGAGUGCGACGAUGAGGUGUUGCGGUUGGUGCUAAUGAUACAUGUUCAGUCGCGCCCUUGCCAAGAUGCAAGCGUCAAUGUCGUCGCUGGAAGAGAUGAUGCGCGUGGCGGACGAGAAAGCCAAGGAAGAUGCAAGUGUGAUUCAGAUGCUCCAAGACAAAGCCAAAUCGUGUGUAGUGGAACUGCCGACAAGGGAAGUCGUCGCGUCGACGUUCACGGUCGCGACCAAGGACACCACCAACAGUUCGGCACCCAAGGCCAACCUCCUUCGUGGAUGGAAGUAGUACAUACCGGUAGCAUGUACCUCGAAGUACUACGUAGUAACUUAGUCAUACACGUCGUAAGGACGACAAACCCGCCCGAGGUGAACAAUGCCGAGUUUCUC